AUGGUGAAAAAGUUUCUGUCUGUUUUAGCGCUCUCAGAUCGACCAAUGUUUGCCGAGCCAAUACCGAACGUCACGGUGCCACUGGGGAGAGACGUCAGCUUACCCUGCGUCGUUGAAAACCUCGGUAAUUACAAGGUAGCGUGGAUCCACGUGGGUCGUCAGAUGUUAUUGACCAUCCACAAACACGUAGUGGUGAAGAUUCCAAGGUUCUCGGUGUCUCACGACAACCAGAAGACCUGGCUGCUUCACAUCAGCAACGUGCAGCAAGACGAUCGGGGAUACUACAUGUGCCAACUGAACACGAACCCGAUGAUGAGCCAGGUUGGCUUCCUUCAAGUUGUCGUUCCACCGAAUAUAUUGGACUCAUUGUCCACCGAGAGCACCGUGGCUGUCCGUGAGAACCAGAACAUCACGCUGACGUGCAAAGCGGACGGAUAUCCGACGCCGAAGCUGAUGUGGAAGCGCGAAGAUGGCGAGAACAUAAGCAUCAAUCGACACUACAAAGUGCCCGUGUACGACGGCGAGCAAUUAAACUUGACGAGGAUCACGCGCAAUGAAAUGGGCGCGUAUCUCUGCAUCGCGACCAAUGGCGUGCCGCCAACAGUCAGCAAGAGAAUCACCGUGGACGUCGAAUUUUCACCGAUGAUCUUCGUGCCGAAUCAGCUGGUCGGUGCACCAGCUGGCACCAACGUAACGAUCGACUGUCACACAGAAGCUUAUCCGAAGGCGAUGAACUACUGGUUCCUCGGCACCGAUAUGCUACUGUCCAACGAGAAGUACACGGCGAACAGCAUGGAGAACAGCUACAGGGCUUACAUGAGGCUCACCAUUAGGAACCUCGAGGCAGGCGACUUUGGCAACUACCGUUGCAUCAGCAAGAACUCGCUCGGCGAUACUGAAGGCUCGAUUAGGUUGUACGAAAUUCCAAAGCCGUCCGCGGCGCCGAAGGCCACGGAGAUCAAGAGCAGCGCCAACAAAGAAGGACGACCGAGCACGCCGUCACCAGCAAAAAGGCCGACCACCGUGUGGCCAUCCUCGUACAACCCGUACUAUCCGAAAAGGACAGAGAGGCCACCUCCCCCGAGCGAGGAGAGGGUCGAGAGGCCAGAGCAGAAGCUACGUGGUGGCCAGAGCACAGGAAGCGCGUACAUCAUAAGGUGGAGCGCCCCGCAGCUGAUGGUGGUGGCGGUGCAGUAUAUCCUCACGGGGCCCUAUAUGCCCCCGUACGUGUCGCAAACGGCGAAUUAG